AUGGCGUCCACCACCAGUGGCAGCCUCCCAUCCUCUCCCUCACUCCCGGGCACCGGCUCCGAACAAGAAUUCUUCUCCGUCGACCCCCACGGCCUGUUCCUCCCUUCAUCCCCCUCCCCCGCCAGCCUGUUCGACCACGACUCCUCCUUCCAAGGCUUCUUCCCCACAUCCUCCCCCACGCGAGCAACAGCGACUCCACCUCACCCUACGGCCCCGUCAAAGCAGACCAAGAAGCGCCCCAGAGCCUCCCGCCGCCCACCCACCACCGUGCUCACCACCGACACCUCCAACUUCCGCGCCAUGGUACAGGAGUUCACCGGCUUCCCGGCGCCACCAUUUGCCGCCGGACCGUCCCCGUUCGUCCGCCCGCGGCUCCUCGGUGGCGCCUCCGCCUACGGGCCCCCCUUCCUGGUACGCCCGUGCCCUCUCAAAUACCCGCAGCAAAACCCUGCACUGCUGUCCUCCAUCGGCACCGGCACCACCACCGGCGGCCGAGCCAACUCUCUCAUGCACGCGCUCGCGCUGUUGGCGAGGAGCAACGCGAUGCCAAGUACCCCCGCUGAUGUUACGGCGAGAGGAUCAGGUGCUGCUGAUCAGUACGGCGGCCACCACGGCCACGGCAUGGGAGAUUUCAACUACAACCCGUUUGACGACUUCGAGACUGAGACUGCGGCAGCGGCAGCGGAAGGCGACAAGGCGGCGAACGGCGACCAUGCUGGGUUCUUCUCUUCCUUAGGCGGCGCCGGAGAUAAGUACGACCGGCACUAG